AUGAAGGUGCUAUUGGUGUGUCUGUUUGCGGCUGUGUAUGCCAAACACGAAGUUUAUUUGGGAUGGAAAUCCUUCUACGUCAAACCAUCCAGUCAUGACCAGUUGAAGGGACUGGGUAGCUUGAUUCCUAAACUCGAGCUGGACUUUAUCAUUAAACCUACUGUAGAUAGGGAGGGUAUAGUGUUGGUAAGGCCACCGUAUCAAGAUGACUUCCUCAAUUUCUUAGCUUCAGAGAAAAUUGAACAUUGGAUUCAUGCUGAAGACGUUAAAGCCCAACUAGACAAAGAUGACCAAAUGAUUGAAGAGUACAUGCAAGAAAGACGUUCCACCAAAACGGAAGGCAUGUCUUAUGAUAGGUACCAACAGCUAGACAUUAUUUACAAAUACCUCGACACUGUGGCAAGUAAGUACAGCGAUAUUGUCAAAAUAGUGACACCAGCAACGUCGUUUGAAAAUCGGCCCCUAACGUAUUUAAAGAUAUCCAAGGACAAUUUCAAAAGUGGAAAACCUGUGAUAUUUCUUGACGGCGCCAUGCACGCUAGAGAGUGGAUAACUGUACCGACAGUCACGUACGCAAUCCAUAAGCUAGUUGAAAAUGUGACAGAGCCUGAUCUCCUUGACAGGUUUGAUUGGAUAUUGUUUCCUGUUGUAAACCCAGAUGGUUACCAACACAGUUUCGACCGUGAACGUAUGUGGCGCAAAACUCGCUCGACUGACCAACAUUCAAUGGGCAGAAUAUGCCGUGGUGUGGAUAUAAAUAGAAACUUCGAUUUCGUAUGGAACACUACAGGAACAGAAAGUCACCCCUGUUCAGACAUCUUUCCCGGCAGUAAGGCUCUUUCUGAAGUCGAAACCAGAGUGGUCAAUGCAAUAUUUACGGAGCAUAAAGACAAAAUGGUUAUGUACCUAUCAGUGCAUAGUUUCGGAAGCAUGAUUCUAUAUCCCUGGAGUAAUAAUGGUACACUUUCUGAUAGGGCGUUCGCACUUCAUACUGUUGGAAUUAGAAUGGCAGAUGCUAUUAAUGCAUUUUCGGUGAUCAAUUUCCCAAGAUACCGUGUUGGUAAUUCUGCACUGGUCCUUGACUACUUCACAUCGGGAUCGUCUGAUGACUAUGCUCAUUCUAUAGGAGUUCCAUUGGCCUAUACGCUAGAAUUACCAGGUAGAGGUUCCAAUGGUUUUGUAUUACAUCCAAGGUAUAUUAAACCUGUUAUUGCUGAAACCUGGGCUGGAGUAGUCGUUGGUGCGAGAAUGGCCGGUGACCUCUUUGGUUCUAGAUAA